UCUUAACGCCCAAAUUUGUUUCCACAUAUCUCCAUUACCCGAAACCCUAAUCCCCAAUUUCUCUUCCAAUUUGUUUCGAUCACGAUCUCUGAGAAUUCAAUCAAGAAAGAAAAUUCGAAAGCUUCCAGCGAUCAAAUUCUCAUUCAGACAUUACAGAAGGUAUUAUUGAGACGACUGAGUGGAACCAAUCAUGAGAUUCAGAAAAGGAAGUCGAGUUGAGGUGUUUACAAACAAAGAAGCACCUUAUGGUGCGUGGCGUUGUGCUGAGAUUAUUUCGGGUAAUGGACAUACCUACAAUGUUAGAUAUUGCUCUUUUCAACUUGAACACGAGGAGUCUGUGACGGUGAGAGUUCCCAGGAAGAUCAUUAGGCCCUGUCCUCCACAUGUUGAUGUUCACAGAUGGGAGACUGGUGAACUGGUGGAAGUUCUUGAUAACCAUUCCUGGAAAGCUGCCACUGUUCGAGAGGUGUUAUGUGGAAACUACUAUUUGGUUCGGUUACUUGGGACUCCAGCCGAAUUUACAUUUCAUCAAGUUAACCUCAGGGUCCGACAGUCGUGGCAAGAUGAGACAUGGGUUGCUAUUGGAAAGAUAUCAGGUUCUGUGAAGUCAUCCACACUGACUGGAUCAGACGUACAUCAGAAGCUACAGCCCCAUACGAACAGCAAACUCCUCCAUGAGCCAAGUGUUGUCUCUGCUAGAGUACUAAAGAGGCCGUCACCCUACAACUGGUCUGAAUGUGCUGAAUCAUGCACAGGAAACCCUAAGAAGAUACGUUCAUUGGAAAAAGAGGGACAGAAGCACCGAUUUUCUGCGCAAAAGGUAGAUGCUUUUGCUUGCCGGCCUGAAAAUAGAUGUGGUAAAUCUCACGUGCAAGCUUCCUUUGACAACCACAAAACUGGUUGCUGUCAAAUCGUCAGAGUAAGAUCAAAAGGGUUUAGUGAGAGUGUUCGUGCAGGAAGCUUAGUCGCUGAUGGUUGUUCUGAUAGUGAUGCUUGCUCAGUUGGUAGUUGUAGUGCUACUAGUUAUGAUGAGAGUAAUAUGCCACCUUGUAUGCUAGAUGACUCUAGUCACCCAUCAGACUCAUGUAGCAGCGAUGCUGAAUCUUCUUGUGGCCUCGAGGAAGAAGCAAGGAGGGAACAUUCAUCAGCUCGUGAUGGAGCAAGAAGGUCCUGUAGGUCUGAACUAUAUACCUACCGCAGUACUUUGGGGGAAUUAUUUUCUUCUGGUCCCCUAAGUUGGGAGCAAGAAGCGUCAUUAACUGAUCUUCGUCUUUCUCUUAAUAUAUCAGAUGAUGAACAUUUGAUGGAGGAACAGUGUUGCCUUGUUGGGGGCAUGCAGACAGAUCUCUUGCUUCUAGAGGUUAACUCUGAUGCUGGGGUUUACAACUUCACCCGUGCCCAUCUGAAUGGUGUAAUCCAUCCUCAAAACAUAACUGACUAUUUAUGCUGUUAUUAUCUUGCUGUCUUGAUAUUGGGGCUUGUUUCAGGUGUCCUGGAGUCGCUUUGUCCGCAGGGCUUGAAAGCUAUGCUUUAAGCAGGUUUCUUAGAUAUGUUUUACACUCUGGUUGGUAAUUUUGCUGAUAACAUGUCGAGAUCGAAUAGUUUCUCAUUUCUCUUUACACUUUACAGUUCACUCGUUAUAUUUUGCAGUGCUCUCUUUGUGGUAUUGUGUCUGCUCUUGUUACUUCAUCAGAACUGCAUGUUGUAGAUCAUACGAUUUUUAAUUUUUUACUAGCUUUGUAAGUAAUUCUGAUAUAUAGAUUUAGAACAAACUGGUGUUCCAGUUACAUAGGUUCUGUUUUCGGUGUUCUUUUCGAAAGGCAUAGUCCAUGACACUCAUUCUUUCUGGAAAUCAGCGUUGUGCCUGGUUAAAAGAAAGGGAACACAUGCCUGCUUUCUUGCUUAGUUAGUCGCAUGUGCAUUGUGGAAUUCUCCAAGGUCACUCUUCAGAUCUCUCCAGGAAAGCUAGUUUUUGACAUGGCAGUAUGAAACUCCAAAACCGAAUUUAUUAAUUUCACCAAGGUAUGUAUCAUUUGGCAAUAUGUUUUGCAUGUUUUCUUAAGUAAGUGGCCUCCGCAUAUAAUAAAAACGAGUUUCUAAUCACCAA